UGCCGUGACAAAAACGUUCCAUGUAGUGAAACUUCACAUUUGAUUCCAUGGUGACAUGGGUAAUCUAAACACCAACAAAUUAAAGUUCUUUGUGAUCUUAAGCGCUGUCAUUCUCACUACCAUAUUUACCAUCAUAUACGCCUCGUUCUCGGCAUCAGUGAAUAUUCCACAGAAGCAUAUAAAUUCCGUUGAUGGCUUUCCGAUGGCCCAGAAUCUUUCAUUUUCAGAAAAACUCAAUGGAAACAGCAGCAACCACCAUGCCAGCACCAUCGGGAAUCAGCACACUGAGAGGAGCAUCAAAUCGGCGGAGAAAAAACUAAGUUUUGUCCAUGGCAGAAUUGUGGACUUUCCGGCCCUUUCGGCUGGUUUUAACCAACUUGAAAAGCCGGAUAUCAUGGCAAUAAUGCGGAGAAAACUUAUAAAAUACCAAGCCAAAUACGAGAUGAAGGCACGCAAAGAGAAAAAAUCACACAGAUCUCUACCCUUUGGCAGGAGCAGCUUACAAAAAUCAAGCACUGCACCCGUAUUACCUUUCCAUCAAGUACUCACAGUUAGCCUCUAUGAGCCUGGCCAUCUCAACGAUGAGAUCGAUAAACAACGUCAGAUAUGCAAACACUGGGGGUCAUUCUUGAAGCUGCUCAUUCUGAUCACCUCAGCCCAGUCCCAUUCUAUGGAGAGAAUGUCCAUCCGACAUACCUGGAUGCACUAUGCAAGCAGGCGAGAUGUGGGCAUGGCCUUUUUCCUCGGAAGCACGACGAACGUAGAUCUGAACGAUUCUCUCAACCAGGAGAACUAUAUUUAUGGUGAUAUGAUACGUGGAAACUUCAUAGACUCGUACUUAAAUCUCACUCUAAAGACGAUCUCGAUGCUUGAAUGGGUAAAUACGCACUGUCCCCGGGUGAAGUACAUCCUUAAGACCGAUGACGAUAUGUUCAUCAAUGUUCCUAAACUGCUGGACUUCAUAGACGGGCACAAGGAUAAGCGAACCAUUUAUGGUCGCGUGGUCGAGGAGCAGGAGCCUGAACGAAAUAUGGGCUCCAAGUAUUUUGUACCAUAUCAUCAGUUUAGGGGCGCCGAGUUCCCAAAGUAUACCACCGGAGGAGCCUACCUCCUCACUGGAGACAUUGUACAUGAGCUUUACAUGGAAUCGCUCAAUACGUAUUAUGUGCAACUGGAGGAUGUCUUCACCACGGGCAUUAUGGCCGAGAGCUUGAAUAUUAAUAGAGUGCACGCAGAAAACUUUCGCAACGUCCGCAUCACAUUAUUGCCAUGCAGCAUCCGCAAUGCGAUCAGCAUCCACAUGAUCGAGCCACACGAACAAUACGAACUUUGGAGGAUACUGCUGGACCCGACCAUCACGUGUCAGAAAGUUUGGCAAGAUGCAGACGCAGGGAUAGUAUAAAAUAUUUAAAAGUUUGCAUGUUCCAAAAAUUAAAAAUAUAUUAAAUUUGUAUUUAACUGGUAGAACUGGUACGUCAAUGUACG